UGCUGUGUCAGUGUGUGAGUGAAAGCGAAUAACCCCUCAAACAAGCGCGAAAGCAACUACGAUGGCCGAUUCCGCAGCGACCGAAGUCCCGGCUGCAGCAGCUGCUGCCCCAGCCUCCACGGCCAAGUCACCGAAGAAGCCAAAGGCGGCCGCCGGCCCCAAGAAGCCCAAGCAGCCAGCGGCACAUCCUCCGGUCAACGAAAUGGUGCUGGCCGCCGUCAAGGCACUCAACGAACGCAACGGUUCCUCGCUGCAGGCGAUCAAGAAGUACGUGGCGGCCAACUACAAGGCUGACGUGACCAAGCUGGCCACCUUCUUCAAGAAGGCCCUCAAGACUGCCGUCGCCAACGGCAAGCUGGUCCAGACCAAGGGAACCGGUGCGUCGGGCUCGUUCAAGCUCUCGGCCGCAGCCAAGAAGCCAGCGGUAGAGAAGAAGAAGAAAGCAGCGGCCCCCAAGAAGUCGGCCUCUGCCGCGGACAAGAAGAAGAAGACCGCAGCCAAGAAGCCCGCCGGAGAGAAGAAGGCCGCCGCCAAGAAGACCACCAAGAAGGCUGACGGUGCCGCCGCCAAGAAACCGAAGGCCGCCGCAGCUAAGAAACCCAAGGCCGCCGACGGAGCGAAGAAAGCCGCCAAGAAACCGGCAGCCCCGAAGCAGAAAUCCACCAAGCCAACCAAGGCCGCGGCUGCCAAGCCGAAAGCACCGAAACCAAAGAAGGCAGCAGCUCCCGCCAAGAAGGCCGCCGCUCCCAAGAAGGCUGCCGCACCCAAGAAAGCCGCUGCCCCCAAAAAGGCAGCUGCAGCCAAGAAGUAAACCACCUACUACACGUUAUACUGCAUGCUUCUACAACAGCAUUGCAAUAACGCUCUCUUGGUUCCAAGCAACAGUCCUUUUCAGGACUACAAAUCGAAUCAUUCAAGAACUUCAUCAU